AUGGAGAUUAAGAGUUGUCCACGCCUCACGGUGCUGCCAGACGACAUGGGGAACGGUCUGCAGUCCUUGCGCCAUCUGCUUCUACUGGAGUGCACGGCUCUCACCCACCUCCCCCCAACUUUCUCCGGCCUGACGUCUCUCGAAACCCUAAAGAUUGAACGCGCGAAACGCUUCAGGGGUGCGCUGAUAGACGGCUUUGGCAGCUUGAAAAGCCUCAAGGAGCUGUCGCUCGAUACUAUGCCGCGCCUAUCCGCCCUUCCUGCCUCCUUCUUUGGCGUUUCUUCCCUCACCAGCCUGGAAGUGGGAAAUUGCCCGAAAGUGACGGUCCUGCCUGAGGGGAUCGGACGGCUGGAGGCGCUCGAGGAGGUCAGGAUCUUUGGAAUGGACGGCCUGGUAUGUCUCCCGCCGUCGCUUCUUGAGCUGCCCUGUCUGCGAGCGUUGGACGUGCGGGCAUCUGAUUCACUAAGCGGGGUGCUAGGCGAUGAGACGGUGCUUAGACGCACUGCCAGGGGCUUUGUGACCAGCACCGGCAGCAGGAGCAGCAGUCACCCUCUGCUUCCUUCCAUUCAGAGCCUCAAGUUUAAAUCGCUUAAUGUGGAGUCAUUUGGUCCAUCCCUUGGUCGGCUGUCCUCUCUGACGCAGUUGAAGCUCCUGGAGAUGUACAAACUUGACCUUCUCCCUGACUCCAUCUCCCAACUCUCGCAGCUGCAAAGGCUCAAGAUUGAUACGGCCUACCAUCUGAAAGCACUGCCCGAGACCCUUGGGGGGCUGGCAGGGCUGCGUGUCUUGCAGCUGGUUAACCUCCUCUCAAUGCGGCAGCUGCCAGAGUCUCUUGGGCAGCUGAAUAUGCUCGAGACCCUGGAGAUUAUUGACUGCUACAAGCUGAUGCAGCUUCCAGAGUCCUUCGUAAAGUUAUCCAAUCUAUGA